AUGACAAUUUAUUUCAAGGAAGAACCUAUCGCCAAGGAUCAGUUGGAACCGGAAAUGAGGAAAUCGAAAACAACCACAGAGGAAACACUUGGGUCACAGGAGACAAAUGAAGCUAAUGCAGCCAGUUCUAACGUGAGUGAUUUAACUGAGGAACAAACAAAUAUCAACAAUAUUGGGGAGGCGACUGGGGCUUGUAUUUUGACCACUUACGAUAAAGAGUUGACUGCAAUAAAAGAGAACAACAAUGAUACACUUGAUGAACCUGUCACUGAAUAUAAGAAAAAGAAAAGAAAGAAAAGAAAGAAAAAGAAAACGAACAAGGAAAAAGAGUCGGACUUACAGGGAGAAUUUGAAGCUACAACUAUGACACCUGUCGAGGGAGAGUUAACGGAAGAACUGAUGGACAAUAAUCAUGCAAUUGAGAUAACUGAAGCUAGUGCUGUCACUUCUUAUGAGAUAGAGUUAACUGAGGAACAGACUGACAAAAAUGAUACUAGAGAGGAGACUGACUGUAGUGCUGGGGUUGCCCAGGCUACACAACUGACUAAGGAACAGGAGGGGAAAACUAAGAUGACCUACGCUGACUGCUUGAAAUCAGAGAAAGCAGAACGUAAAAUAUCAAAACAUAAGAGAAGAAGCAUGGAAAGAUCUGAACAAUCCGAUGUAGAAACCAUUUCAUUCAAAUUCGAUGAAGAGGAGGAAGACGUUCAUGAUAGUGAUCUGGAAUUGACCAAUGAAAAUGGUAUUUAUAAUGAGGAUGAUACUGAAACAUGGUUUGAAAAAAGUUGUAAUAGGUAUGACUCUCAAUGCGAAGUUUCCAAAAUAUCUGAAGAUCAUCUUCUAGAAACAAAUGUCCUGACGGGAGUCGAAUUGACCGAUGCUUACAUGGAGAAAUUUACGACAAAGGUUAAGUCGUUAGAACGAGAAGAUUUCUACACUGUAAAGCUUACAAACGAUUUGCUCGAAUUAUGUAAAACCAAUCCCAGCCUAUACGUACAUUGCCAACUUGAAAUACAGUCGUCACAUAACGCCGUGGCAAUACCGCUGAACCCAGUACAAGAACUUGGAAGAAUAGACAUUCUUGGUAGAUCCAAAUGCGGACAGGCAUUUACAGAGGAUGAGGUUGCGGUUGAAAUACUUCAGAAGAAGAUGUGUAAAAACACAUCGGUCUUGAAAAAGGAAUUGAAAGACGCAGAUGCAUACGGAAAAGUCGUAGGUAUUAUUAAAAGAGUACGGCAUAGAAAUAUCGCACAUCCCGUUUUUAUUGCAACUCAAGAUCCGCAUGCUGGUCACUUAAUGCUACCGGUGUGCAAGACGAUACCAAAAAUCAGCGUGCUAACUGAAAAUAUAAAGCUAUAUUACCCAAAACAAAAGAUGAACAAAGUGGAAGUUUAUGAAUAUAUUCAAUCAAAAGGGGUUCUCCGUUAUAAAAAAAUACUACACAUAAGACCAGAAGAAAGGGAUCAAUACAGGUUUCUUAUAUGUUACCUAUACUGGGGAGUGAAAUAUGUAUAUCCACGCGGGGCAGUUAUUGGUGUAUUGCGAACAAAGGCAUCUGAUAUCGGAACUGGAUUGAAAGUCAUUGGUAUUCAAAACCAAGUACCCACAUUUUACAAUGAAUCUACCGUCAGAGGAGUGCAACACAUAAUUGCAGAACCUAGUGAAUCUUCAAAUGGUUCCCGGUUAGACCUCACAAAAAUACUUUCUUUUACUAUAGAUCCACCAAAUGCAAGGGACUUGGAUGAUGCGCUGAGUGUCGAGGUCAUUGCAAGAGAUACUUACCAGGUUGGUGUUCACAUUGCUGAUGUGACUUCAAAAAUACCUCUUGAAAGCGACAUUGAUAAAGAAGCCAGAAUAAGAUGUUCGACAUACUACUCGAUUUCAGGGGCAAGAGCUUUACAUAUGCUGCCUGAACCGCUGAGUCAAGAUAUCCUCAGUCUUCUUCCGCAUCAGAAACGCGCUGCAAUAUCAGUAUUCUUUACUGUGAAAGAAAAUGGGAGCAUAGAAGGAACUCCAGGAAUUCGACGUACCUACAUACAAUCAAAAAAACGUCUUACAUACAAAGAAGCUCAAACUAUGAUUGAUACAGCGGUUUCGUCUCAUGAUCGUCUUCAUGAAAACAUCAAAUGUUUAAACAAGUUAGCAAAGAACAGGCGCCGUGAUCGCUUGAAAGGAUCAUUGCAUGCCUUCCCUGUUGAAUUCGAUUAUUCAGUUGAUACAAAAGAUAUUUUGCAGAAUAUCGACGCCCACAAUCUAGUGGAAGAAUUCAUGAUUAUGGCAAACCAUGCUGUUGGUCAAUACCUUAUGGAGGAAUGUAACGGCAUUGUUCCUUUAAGAUGUCAAAACAAACCUGAAAAUGACUCCCUUUGUUCAUGGUUGAACAAAAACACUCACCUAGCAGAUAUAAUUAUUGCACUACAAGAUAAGGAAUUAAAUACCAAUUUGACAUCGAGAACACUGAACGUUGCAAAUGUUCCCAAAUCCAGGUGGACUCGUUUGUUGCCUGUUCAAACUUGGGUUUGGAAAGCUAUUGUCAAUGCUGCUGAGGAAAAUAAUGUUCAACGGGUGGAACAGCUCAUCGGAUGUGAUGACCUGCACCCUCAACAAAGUUUUGCCCUUCAGGAAUGGAUGUCAUUCCAGGAGACCGCAAGGUACACAUGCACAGGAUCCAAUGGAUUAUCAGAGACAGAUUCAAAUCAUUUUUCUCUUGAUCUUCACAAUUAUGUUCACUUCACUUCCCCUAUCCGGAGGUAUGUCGAUAUGGUAAUUCAUAGACUUCUGCAUGCAGCUAUCGACAGACAUGAGCAAUUACCUUAUACAAGACAAGAAAUAGAUGAAAUAUGUAGCGAUAUGAAUCAGGCAUGCGAAAGGGCAAAGUUGUACCAGAAGCAAUGUAACAUGUUUUUGCAGUCAACAAAGCUGAAGAGCCAUCCACAGAAGUUAAUUGGAUUUGUAGAGGACAUGUCAGAUGAAGGAGUGACCUUGCAUUUUCCCGGACUAAAACACGUCCAGAUGCAAAGAAGAAUGUUAAAAUUCAAUAUUUUAGGCGUUUCGUCUCAACCGCAAAUCAAAGAGGAUUUAGAUCUCGUUUCGCCAAACACACGCGAGGAACGUGUGGUAACAUCGGUCAUAUGGAAAAAACGAAUUUAUCUGCACAAAGGCAUUAAAAAAGAGCCACAGAAUACAACAAACAAAGAUGCAGAUGACAUACAAAACGUUGACCCUCAUCAACGCACGACAUUUCUCAAAUAUACAGUCUGGAUAGAUAUACUGACUGCAAUCUUGGAGAAAAAGCACAGCAAACUGAUCAAACUUAUCACGGACACCGAAAAAGAUGCAAAAUUCGGAGCAUCACACAAUUAUGUAAAAUCAAGUCUAGGUGCUGCACAGGACGUCAGCUGCGAGAACGUAAGUAGUGUGUUUGUCAACCCAAUCUGCAAAUUCAAACUUCCAUUCCACCUUAAUCAGACAGUUUCGGUACAGAUGACAGCUGAGUAUGACAAAGGAACACUGGUGCCGUAUAUACAGGUAUUCGAUAUGACACAGAACGUUUCGUUUUGCUUACAACAUGUCGAUAACCCUGUCAAAUUUCUUGCCAAAUAUUCAAGUGUGCCAUCAGUGUCCGAGUACAAAAGCCUAAAACACUACAUAAGUACUUGGUUGCCUAUAAUUCAGAUGGAGGCAGCUACAAAUGCAGUGAGAAAUGAAGAAUCCGCCUCUGUUAUUGGAGUACCAAUACAGUUUCUCGGGCGAAAUGGCCAUUUCUAUCUCAAUAUACAUUUCUGCAGGUUGAGGGAAAUAGAGUUUGGAAACACGGCAUUGGAAAUUUUUAAAGACAACACUGAGGAAAAACCAGAUGUGAAAAAUACAGAGGAGUUAAAGGAAAUAAUAUGUUCAAAUUACUUGUGCAUUCGCUGUCCCGUUAGAAGGAAUACACCAAAAGAUCACAAGAGAUCCGCUCAGGGUAGGAUCGUUGACGAGAAAAAGAUGUGGAUAUGCCAUGGUGUAUUUACACACAUGAGAAAAACAAAAGUAAAAGAAAAUGGACACUGCUUUGAAGUUCAUUUUAAGCUCAACGAUGACAGUGCACCUGCUCCAAUAAAAGCUGUAGAAACAUUGGACAAGUGUAGCCUAGAGAUACUGAGUAAAUCGAAAGUUGACAGGCGGACGGAGAAUAUGAUGAAGCUACUACCUGACGCAACCUGCUUAGCUCAAUCUAUUGCCCUUGCAAACCCGAUUCCGAAGUUAGAUAAUUUCCAUUACGAAAUUGCGGACGAAAUUCCGAGAGAUAUUGAAAUAUCUUCGCUACCGAAGAACAACCAACAGCAACACAAAGCCAUAGAAAAUGCUCUUACAUCUCGUUUCAGUCUAAUCCAAGGCCCACCAGGUACAGGGAAAACAUUCACAGGGAUAAAGCUCAUCUACCUUUUCAGCCUUUUUAACCAAAAGUACUUCGAGAAGACGCAUGAAAGACGACAGGUAGUGUUUUCUGGACCAUCUAACAAAUCUGUUGAUCUCGUGGCAAGACAAGUGCUUCAAAGGCUGUCUCACCUCGCUCCAAGGAUUAUUCGAAUGUAUGGGCAGGCAUACGAGUUCCUUGAUUUUCCAAUUCCAGGAAAAAUCACUUGUUCUCGCCGUUCAAUUCGUGAUUCCAAACCUGACGAAGAUCUCAAAGAAAAGGGGGCAGUGCUCCACCAUGUCAUACGUGAGUGCGGAAAACCUUAUGCCGAAAGCUUAAAGUCGUUUGAUAAAAAAUUCGAAAAUAAAUCAUACACAGCAUCGAUCGAAGAAAUUGACAAAUAUCAGGAAAUUCUUAGCAAGGCAACACAGGAAGAAUUAAUGAACUACGAUGUGAUCCUGUGUACCGCUUCUAUGGCUGGAAAUCCCAAGUUAUUGAAGGCUACAAAAGGAAAGGUUUAUCAAUGUAUCAUUGACGAAUGUGGCAUGUGUACAGAACCUGAGUGUAUGGUACCACCAAUAGCGACACGAGCAGAACAAGUGGUUCUCAUAGGGGACCACAAACAACUACAGCCAAUAAUUCUGUGUAGGGAAGCAGGGGAAAUGGGGCUUGAGACGUCAUUGUUUGAACGGUAUGCAAAUCUAAAAAAGAAAAGUGAAAGGCUGAAUAUGAAAUAUACUAUGCUCACAUGGCAGUAUAGAAUGAACCCAAAGAUAUGUGAAUUUCCGUCAGAGAAAUUCUAUGGUGGAAAAUUAAAAACAGCAAAUUCUAGCUAUUGGAAGGUGGAUAAACCUUUGCGGAUCUGGAACAACCCAAGCAGUAACGAACACAUACCUCUUGCGUUUUGUCAUAUUGAGGGAACAGAGGAGACUCUGACUGUGUCUACUGAAGAAGGCAACGAACAGUCAAGAAAAAACAAGAAAGAAGCUGAGCACGUUGCUCGAGUCUUCAAACAUUUGAUAGACAUCGAAAAAGUCAAGGUUAGCAAUAUCCAGAUCAUGACCCAGUACAAUGCCCAGCGCCAUGCCAUACAGGAGAUAUUGAGGGAGAAGGAAAAGCUUAUCAACAUUAAGGUCAACACAGUUGUGAAGAGUCAAGGGAGUGAGUGGGACUACGUGAUAUUCAGCACGGUUCGUUCCUUGCCGAGAUAUCUGAUAGAGAAUAAUCCCACCAUAGGCUGGUGCAUUCAAAAUUUGGGCUUCAUCACAGAUCAGCACCAGGUCAACGUGGCGCUUACCCGAGCACGUCGAGGACUCAUCAUCGUUGGAAACAAGCACCUGCUGCGAUGUGAUGAGGUCUGGCGCGACCUAAUCACAAAGUAUGAAGCAAAGGAUUUGGUGUACUCACAUCAUGAGUUUCCACCGGAGAGUCACCGCCGACAGGACAGACAGCAACGUCCACCGAGAUUUCGACGUAAUUGA